CAAGCUACGGGCCGUACUGCGUGCGGGGGCCGACCCUUACCGCUCGUCUUCGGACCUCGACGCCGCUUACGCAGUUUGAACUGAGUCAACUGACCUCAACAAAUACCGAACACGCCGCUUUGCCUUUGAGAUACUGAACCAUGUCCGGAGCCUCUUUGGUCCCACAGGUCAGGCCACACACAGAUGUCGCCCAAGACCUGGAGUCAGCACGCAUAUCGAAACGGCGACGCCUCGAGACUGGAAACGAAGAGACACCAUCGACAACUACCGAUUGUGUCACAGACGAGAUGGUCGAGGCGUUUACGCGACAUUCAAAGUUCUACAUGCAUGAUGGAGACUGUGUUCUUCGGAUAGAAGCUACAUUGUUUAGGAUUCACCGCUUUAUCCUGAGCCGGGACUCUUCUGCGUUCGAAGAUAUGUUCUGCAUGCCUGCCGGCGACGAUGACCGAGACCUUCCAAGGGAAGGUUACUCAGACGACCAUCCCAUUGUCCUUGAAGGGGAAACCGCCUCGGACUUCGAGGCUCUGCUGGUGAUUCUCUACGCUUUACCCGCCGAGCAGCACGAACUGAGAUCAAACCCUGCCAACAUAUGCCAGCUGCUGACAGUCGCGCAGAUGGCAAACAAGUACCACUUUGUCACAACGACGGCAUGGGCCAUGACGGCGCUGUGCGAGGUGACAGAGUGCCCUGCCGAGCCCUGGAGGGCCUACCGGGCGAUGUACUACCCACCCGAACCCGCCUGGUCGAAAGCGCCCAUCCUGCGGCGCAUCAUCGAGGUGGCGCUGCUCUGCGGGCACAAACGGCUGUGCGACCACGCCGUCGAGAAGUGGGUGCAGCUGAUCCUGGUCGGCUUCGCGAACCCGGUAUACGCGAUGGACGUCGCGGACCAACACGGGCUCGCGCGCCUGCGGGGCGUGAGCUACUACGAGACGCUCAUCGCGUGCAACGAGCGGCUCGAGUGCGCGUAUGAGCCGCUGCUCGCGGCCGACGGCGGCGAGCGGCACACCAUGACGCCACCGCAGCGGGCGCGUUUGCUCAGCGGCUUCUUCUCGCUCGUGCGCCGCUGGGAGCAGAUCCGCGAGACCCCACCGACGUUCGCGCGCCCCGAGGGCUGCACGUACCACGCGCACGGCUGCCUCAGCACGUGGAACUCGAUCUGGAAGACGACGACGAAGAACGACCUGAUGGUGCACCGCCCGGCGGUCGACGUGCUCGGCAGGCUGCGGAUGAUGCAAGAGCUGCUGGAGGCCGACAGCGACCUGCGCCUCGCGCUGACGCCGUCGUGUCGGAGGGCUGCGAUGGAGAGUGUGAAAGAGCUCUUUAUGAGGGAGGAAGAUAACAUCGCUGCGCAUUUCCAAGAUUUGACUGUCGCCCCGGCGCAAAGCGAACCGUAGCCGUUGCCACUUUCUAUUUAGCCAAGCUCGAACCUGAUUAUUCGUUUGCCGAGUUAUGGCGCAUUUGACAGAUGACAGAUGACUUUGGGCCGCACAAUUCCGAUCAACCGACUGCAACAGCACUUCG